CAAAGCGCAUCGCGAGAGGAAGUGAUAGACUCUUGCAUAUGCGGUGAGCAGCUGCUGGGAUCCGGUUAGUUUGAUUUGAUGGCUAAAGUGGAGAUCGCCCCUUUGAGAAGCUGGGAUGAUUUCUACCCAGGCACUGAGCGCUUCGCCAAACCAGAUCCGCGAGAUCCGGCGAAAUGGAACAACAGAGUGGUCAGCAACCUGCUAUACUAUCAAACAAACUAUCUGGUGUUGGCAAUCAUUGUAUUCCUAAUUGUAGGGUUCUUGAACCCUGUGAGCAUGUUCACGGGUGCAGCAGUGGUCGCUUCUGUCUUCAUCGGCUCCGUAUGGGCCGGGGAGAACAAAGCAUUCAUCAAAAAAUUCAAGAAGGAGAACCCUACCCUGUUUGUGUUUCUGGUGAUGGUUGUGAGCUACUUACUCAUGUCGCUCUUCGGUGGAGUUAUGGUGCUCUUGCUAGGAAUCAAGCUGCCUCUUCUACUGAUCUUCGCACACGCAUCGCUUCGCCUACGGAACAUGAAAAACAAACUUGAGAAUAAGAUGGAGAGUGCCGGACUCAAGAAAUCACCCAUGGGAAUCAUACUCGAAGCACUGGGUCAACAAGAAGAGAACCUCAAUAAAAUUCAAGACUUUCUGGAGAGCAAGCUCAAGGAGUGAACUUUUACCGAGCUUCUCACCCAUACAUGAAGGAACCGCUUUCAUCCGGCACAGUUUCAGAAAACUACUCCGUUUAUUCCAACAUCUUUAAUUAGCAAAGCAAAAAAACAUUUCUUACAGUCUUUUUCUAUCAUCGUGGAAUGAAAUUAUUGUAUUGAAGACAAGAGUGUUUUAUAAUGUUUGUUUACAUCUCAGGUCAAAUGAAAGAUGAUGCAAUUCACAACGUCUUCCAAAGAUUUCUCUGACCUGUGGGGAAACGUGUCAUAUGUGCAUAUUUAAAGUGAUAGUGUUUUUCUCUCCCAAAAUACAUUUAUUGAGAUAUAUUAAGACAAUUCAUAAUAUAACAUGAUAUAGUGUCAUCGGGUUCAGAGAUUUUCAAAUGUUCUUCGGUGUGAUACUGAUAACUAAAAUUCUAUGGCAACCGUAAACUACUGCGGUACUGAUAUUGAACUGUAUUACUGUGCAGAAGACUUUUAACUUCUGUUAGUUGUUGUUGAAGUGAAUUGUUCAUUGAUGUCUUUUAUUGCGUUGCUGAUGUUACUGUGUGGUAAAAGCAAUAAGCAAUUUGAGCCCUGUGUUAUAGCAAUUUUACCAUAGGAAAGGGUUUUUGUUUUUUGCAUUAACAUCUAAGAUCAUCUCUUUUCUUUGGUUAAUUACUUUAAUACACAGACUUUGUGGCUUAGUCACCAAUUAGGUAAAAUAACUCGUGUAAAAUGAAUUUCCUGUGAUGCCAUCAACCUUAUUUUGCAUUACGGAAGUACUUUUUUUCUUUUCUGUUACAAACCAGUGUGUUCAUGAUCAUGAUUAUGAUGAAGUAGAAUAAUAUGUUUUUAGUAUUGAACUGACAAGUAAAAUAACUGGACGUGAAAGAAGUUCUUCGCUUCUAAAUGGCAGCACAUGCUAUUACUCUCUAAAUCUAUGCAAAAUAUGUUAAUAAAGUCACACUUUGGUA